UGUAACAUAUCAAUUUUGUCCGCUUUAGAUGUACUAUCAUAUGCAAUUCACGGAAUUGUGACAUCAUUUUUUCUUGCUGAGUUACAGAGUCGUAAACUUGAUAGCUUCGCUUUCUGAAAAUUUUCUAUUUUUGGCAAUUUUAAUAAAAAAUUCACGACCUAAAUUAAAAAUUCAAAUCCAACACUCACUAGAUUUUAAGUUUCUUUUUUUUUUUAUAUAUGCAACAAAACUCGCCAAAUUAGGUGCAGUGGUUGCCGAGCCCGAGCUAAAGCUUUCUCUUAAGUCAAGACAAGACAGUCCAAGUUUGUUUCAGCUUUCAUAAUGGCAGCUGUCGCGGCUGUUCCGGCGGUGGAGGCCUCCCGAAGCACGCUUUCAAUGCGUGAAAAAGCUAUGCUAAAGCAGGAGAUAAACAAAAGACACAAUGGAAACUUCUCUGCUGGGUACGUUCCUAUCUUUGAGAAUUCGCUGCACAAAACUGGUUUACGGGGUCGGAAAGCAUUUCUCUUCUAUGGCUUGGUGGUGGGACUCUUCGUUGUUUCUCUCGCCAACCUUGCGGUGACCGUGAUGCUGCUGGGUGUUUUGCGCAUUGGAUAUGGCAUGGAAAGCCUAGAGUUUCUUCCCAGUGGUCGGCUGUUGAGGUUCCUAAACAAUGCCGACCUUGGGAUGGUUAUUCCACACAAAGGUGUCAUUGGAGGUUUUAAGGACACAGAUCUGCACAUCAUUGGAGAGUCACAACCGGUUGUUGUGCGGACUUCAGUGGAUAAGCAAGCUAGUCGGCAGAUGUCCGACAUUGCUGGGCCAAGCCUGGAAGUUGGCCCUGACUGGACAGUAGUGAGCAAUGUCAAAGAAUUUAGAGUCCGCAGCCCAACCACAGGCCGCACAAUCUUCUCAACUGAAUAUCAGGGUUUCCAACUUCCUAAGGGUAUUCCAAAUCUCAGCGUCAAAGAGGCCCAUGUGUCACGGCUCACCAGCGCCAAGCGUGACCCAUUGAUCAUUUCAUCUCCUUACCAAAUCCUACUCAAAGGCAAUGGAGGACUGGAUAUGGAAGGACACAACAUCACUUGGUCAGCAGGACACAACAUCUUUCUUAGGAGUGUGAACCAGAGCCUUACUCUGGACGGCAGCAACGGCAUCCGUAUCCUAGCUGCUGGUUUGCCACGCUCCGAGAACCCUUCAAGCGAUGCCUUGUACUGGUACAAGCUCUGUGUGUGCAUGCCUUCUGGCCGCAUCUUCCGCGUGCCAGUUCGGGAGCAAGGUUUUGGAUGCGGAGACGUGAGGUUUCCAGAGAGCGUCAACCCCUGUACCUAGGUGCUACUGUGCGGCAUGCUACUCAUUAUCUCCACAUUUCUAAGCUAGUCAUAACAGAUAUCUUUAGGUUUGAACCAGUAGGCUUGCUGAGGUCACGAUUGUCAAUUUUCUUGUUUGUAUCUUACAAUUGUCAUUGCUAUUGGAUGUAAUGUAGAAAUAACCCUUUCCACGCUAAAUGUCUUUUUUUUUUUCUUUACAGAAAUUUUUUUAAGCACUUUACGGCUAAUUCAUGUUGAAUGACUUUUGUUGUUGUAAUAUAUAAAUGGUAUUAUUUUCUCUUGUCUCUUACCAUCAAUUUUUGUAUGUUGUAGUUUUGAGUUGCAGAGAGGCAUGGCCACAGAAAAUGUUUGUAUGAAGCUGUACAUUUCUUGCAACAAAAGUAUUAUGUUGCUUUUGAUGCUUUCGGUAUCCCCUACGUGAUAUGCAAUUAUUGGUGCCGUGAGGAAAGAAAAUUGCUGAGAUGAAGGUGGCAAAGCAUUUUGCAUCAAGACAUGUAAACAUGAGAGCGGCCAAACUCUUACUCACAACCAUCAGAUGCCCCGCAAAUUUUAAACCUAGGGGAGCCAGAUUUCUGCUUCAUUUCUACCUACUGCCAUCAGAAAAAGUCAGUUUUCUGGAAGCUUGCGCCACCUAGUAACAAAGCAUUCCCACCAAAAUGAUAAAGUUUCUGCCACUUACCCGCAGCACCCAGUGAAUGAAAGGAAAUCCUUGAUCAAGUAAGACUGUCGAUAGUAUAUGCUAUUGGUGAAAACGUGAGCACACAUUAACCCUCCCUUGGCGCAGGUAGGGUUAAUGUGUGUGCAUCAUUUUUUUUUUCACAACUCAAGUCUGUUAAGUGAAUCGCACUGCCAAAGGAUGUAUUCAUGAAUAUUUGUAAUGGCAUGUGCGUUUGGAGACAAUUUUCAUUUUGCAGCUGAGCAUAAAGGUUGGAUUCCCAGCCAAUACAGCUGCAUUUACAUAUGUAUUUAUAGAUUUAGGUGCUGUGCUCGUUUGAAAACAGCAGGUGGCAAAAAUUAAUUCAUGUCCUUCCACUGGAGCAUCCCCCAUAGCCUGCUGUGUGAAGCCCUUCCACUUUAAUACUUUGGUCCAUUAAAACUGCCAAAACACGGGGCCCUUAACUGGGUCCUUUCCAGCUGUUGUGUGCAGUGUACUAAGUUUAAGCAUUCAAACAGCGUCAUAUGCAUUUUCAUUACCAUUCCUUCAUCUACAAAAGAGCCCCAAAGGCUGCUUCUGUGUUAACCAAACUUUUGUGUCCCUCUCCUGUUACUAGCCAACCAUUAUGGGGAUCUUUAUUCAGUCCUGAGGCUGUACUACUGUUGACUUAUCGCUUGCUAUGCCAGUUGAUUAGCUAAUAAGCCAACGAAAGCAGAUGUGAAGAUUCCAUGCCUACUGUCAUUGUUUUUUGUGUCGUGUGUUUCGCAAGUGCAUUGACAGAAUGCUUGUCGCUCUACUGGGGCUCCUUACUGGGCUUAACAUCACGCAAAAGAAAUUCCCGAGAGUUGUCAGUUGAGGCUACAACUUUUUGUGAAAUUUCGUCUGAAAGAUGAAGAACUAUAGCUAUCACACAAACACUGAGAAAUGGAGCACUGGGUUUACGUUUUGUAGCAAUCUAUUUCAUUAUCCUUUUUUUUUACACCCCCAUUGUCAUUAGCUUGGCCAUUGCCAUUAUCACCGAGAUUGGCCAGUUAGCUAGACAGAUGACAAAACAGGAAUGGAAAAUGAAGUGCAUUGCUAGAAAAUAUAACCCCAGGUGCUCGUGACUUGGGAGUGCGUUAUCAGAGGGCCCGAUGUGCUACAGUCCCACAGAUGUCACAGUUCUGACAUGUUGCAUUUCUAUCUCAUUCUCCCUGUUAAGUGUCAUUACUAUUAGGGACAUUGUGCUCUUAUGCUAUUAUCAAUUUGCUUGGAUAGUCAAUUCAGGUGCAGAGCAGCUGUCAAACGUAGGGUGCGCAAAUAGCAAUUUUUGAGACCAAAUCGAAUACAGAUCGAAUAGUGCCAGAAGGAAGUCUAGUAGAAUAUUGAUAGCUAAACAAAUAGUUCUUGAAUAAACAAUGGUCAUUUUCUCCAUUAAUGUUAAGCAAGGUUCAUAUCCUAGCAUUCAUAAUGUUAUCAAGCUUCUGUCUUAAAGGGCCCCUCACCAGGCCCCGUAGCAAAUUUUGAAUAUACACUGGAAGUUGUUACGUGCCCUCUAGUGAGCGUCCUGCCUCAAAAGUUUUUCAAAUUGGCUCAUUAAUUGCUGAGAUAGAAAUAUUUCAGUGCCGUGAACCCAUAAUUUCAGAAGGCGAGCUCCACUGCAUAGCGACACACUCUCUCCACUUGCCCCGUCUAGCCUCCGCAAGCGAAAUUCCUUCCCUCCGUUCUCCCAUACCGUACCUCGAGGGUCGCAUGACGCAUGCGUCAUGAGCCCUGCCUUCAUUUUUUUUCUCCUCUCUUUUUUUUUUUUUUUUCCGGCGCUGCGCACUUCCGCUAACGGCGCUGCACGCGAGCUGUUGUGAUGUCUCGGUUCACGCAGCGCACAAUUUUGUGUGCUGUGAUCAAGGACACAUGACUAGCGGUAUAAUUCAGUGCUACACGAAUACUGAAGCAGAACAAGCGGAUCACAGAGCAUGAUCACGCGCUGGAACACGGUAGAAAAUGGCAUAGUUUCGGUGCCUGCGCACAUGACUGCACGACCUCUCUCUUGCUUCGGUGCGAAGUAAAACAAAAUACAAAGACAUUCCGUUGGUGUGUUUUAUUAUUUAUCUAAAUUUCAGUUCGUCAAUUCAAGCAACAGAUCACACAAAUAACAGACGUUGCCUUGAAUAAUUCUCGAAGUCACAUGUCACCACGAGCGACGUCACUCUGUGGACACGACUGUCCGGCUUGGAGCGCGGCCGUCGUGAGGGAAAGGGAAAACGGCAUUUGGAUUGAAGUUUCUGACCUUUCCGCGGCGCGUAGCAAUGUAAUCCUUUGCAAACACGAUAAUUACAGCGCAUUGUAUGCUCUGCGCUUGUCAGCUCAAAAUGGCCAGACCUGGUGAGGUGCCCUUUAACCCUUCGAGGGUCGAUUUUCUUCGCCAUAAUGCGACCGCUCAGGGUCGAUUUUUUUUUAUUGCAGAUUCCAAUUCUUCUUAGGGACUUAUUUUGAAAAAAAUGUACCACAAUUUUUCUAGGGUGACUGUAAAGUGAGAAAAAAUAUUUUGCGUUGGUAUAUGUAUACUCUUCAGUCAUGAAUAACAACAAUAAAAAAGGAAAUAAACUUAUAGAAUUCAAAAUUUGAUGCAUUUUUGUACACAUAGUUCAAAGCCUUGAAAAUGUGCACACAAGAAUAUUUCGCAAGACUCAAAUGUUCCUGCUCUUACACUAAUAUGUAUAUCCAUAGCGUAAUCGAACUGCGUAGGUGUGGACACUCAAGAAAACUGUGUGGUUGUGUGCCCGUCAAAAAAGCACAAUGUGUGAUAAACUUCCGCUAAUCUUCAUCUGAUUGCCAACCAGAGGCAAUUAGUUUUCGCGAGUGUCGAAAAAAGACAAAACAAGAAGCAAUGGAAACACAUGCACGGUGGUAUCCUUCCUAAGCACACUGCUGCAAGCACUAAACGAGCGAAAAAGAGACAGUCGCUCUUUGAGUGACCAGUAACAAGAUAGCCAACAGUUUUGCAAGCACAAGAAGCUGAAACCGCCCACGGAACAAAACCCAAACCGCCGCCCGCCCGCCCGCGCACCAAUGUGCGAGCGGUAGUAUAUAGAGGCGCGGGAGCAAACUAGUAGCUCUAAAACGAGCCAUGCAACGAAAACCAAGAGAGGGAGGUGUGCGAAAAAAAUUACCUUACUUCCCACAUAGUGGCAGCACAUGACAGAAAAUAAAAAGUUUGGAAAUUGGCCCGCUUUUUAAACGUUCAGGUGGCGCCGUAAAUAUACGGCAUCAGCCAUUUUUGGACUUGUUCGCAAUGCCGUAUAUUUACGUCAUUGACCCUCAAAGAGUUAAAAUUGCACAUGAAGUAGUCUUGUUUACUGAAAGCCUAAAUGGAGCAUUUUAACCUAAUAGGAAGUUUGUUUGCAUACCCAGCACUCUUGUGUGUGCGAAGGAUUGCGACUUGAAGGAAAGAUAUGGCUUCUCGAGUGAUGUAGAGCUUGCUCCACUAUGUAAUUUACGCAUUUUAUGUCUACUACUGUGACCACUGGGAUGAAACCUGUCGCACUGUUGCUUCAAUUUCAUAUCCGACAUUUGAUUCAAAGACUGACUCAAUCUAAUAGGGCAAUACUAGAUUUUUUAUUAGAAGUUGUCCAAUAUUCACACACCCCUAGUCCAAAGGAAGCCAGAGCUCAUGUCCUCCCUGUUCAAAGUACAUUUGUACCGCAUAAAUGCUUUCUCCAGGCUUCUCUUAACAAAUUUUGGUUCAUAAUUGGUUACUCUUAAUGAAGAAAAAUUAUGCUGAUUAUUAAGAGCAAACUGGAAAAUACCAUUUUGUGAAUAUGAACUAAUCAUGUAUCGCAUACGUCAUGUGUUAUGCACAAGCUGCAAUGUAAUAUACUAGAUUGAACGCUUUAAACACAAUUUUAGUUGUUUACAGAGCAAGGUAUUAUAUUAGUUUCCACGGUGAAUUUAAGAGCUGUGAACAUAACAUCUCAAUUUUUUUGAAGCCUUCAUGUUUUGCAAAACAUCUCAUGUAUCAAAUCAGAAUUUGCUCACAACAGUUCUCUAUAUGUGGCUGUUACUUUUAAAUGGAACAUAUUUCAAUAAAAUCUAAUCAGUCAUUGCCUAUUGAGAAUUUCAGCAUUCCACAUGCAUUUGAAGAGCAAGCUUAGGCUUACUUGCCUUUAAUCCUGUGCAAAUGAUUUUUUGCCAACAUUUACGUCUGUUAACCUCAGAGUGGCAAUAAAACCAGAUCCUCAAAACUUCUACAUAUGUUCCCUUUGCUGCAAGUCACCCAUGUGUGACAUCCAAAUACCACAGAGGUUGACCGGAAGGUGGCGAUUAGUAAUUGUCAACAGUGGUCGAAUAAGGGGAUCUCUCAGGCUGUAGCCAACAUUUUGACGAAAGACUUUGUCGUCAUGAUGGCAACAAUUGACAAAGACAAGUCCACUUGUUGAAACACUAAACAGCCCCUGAACCACUCUGAAUUCCUAAAUUAGUUCGAUAGUGGCAACCGUAUGCCAUUCUACAAUGAAUAUACAGCUACAAGGAUUUUUCGAAAUGAUGUAUAUAAUAAUGAAGUUACAGGUGUUUGAAAAAUGACUGCGCAGCCACUACAGUUUCUCACCUUUGCUGCUCGCGCCUCGAUGCAGUGCAGGAAAAGCAACAGGCUGUGUCAACAUUUAAGACGAAAGGCUCCUCCAUUGUAUGCACCUAAUCACCCUCCAUGCAACACCGGCAGAAUGAAAGCCUUUAUGAAAGGUUCAGUGGCGACAAUGGGAGAGCCCCCCUACAAUCUUAGAACUCACAGCCGUCCCUUGUUGCCCAACCAAUCGACAGUUUUUACCCUGCUGACACCAUGAUGGCAAAGGAGAAAAGCCCAGCAAAGAGCACAGGAUUGUUUUUUCAAUUGGUAGCAACCCGGCUCCACUUAGCACUGCCAUGUUCACAUAAGAUGACUGUCAUGCUAUACUUUACGCUAUGCACGUGCUUAUGUAAGGAAAAAUGCCAGAGGUGGUUUAGUGGAUCUUUUAAAAAGUCCAGCCUGAAAUAUCUCUUGCUUGACAUCUGUUGAUCAGCACAUGUAAGGUACGAUGUGCUCAGCCUUCAUGGCUGAGCACUUCAUGGCUGCUGUAUGUUGUUUGCAUAGAAAUAAAUACACACUUAUGGACUACUUG